CGGCUGUCGCCGCACUCGCAGUGCGAAUUCGCAAUCAGUUCGCAAGUGGGAACCGAUUCAUUCAGAUGGCAGCCGCAGUAGUCCAAAGUUUCGGCCAGGAGGAGCUCUUCGUCAGCCGGGCCACAAUUCAGUUGCAGUUGCCCCAGGGCGGAGCCAGUUCGCCCAUCUUCGAGUGGCGCACACAGGUGGCCACGCCCACGUCUGCCGCUGAUCCCGCCCACGAGGAGAAGUGCAUUAGUGGGCACCAGAGCACGGAAGCUGCCACGCCCAAGAGCAAUAUCUACACGCCCCCACGAAUCCUGGGCACGGAGGCGAAGCGCAAGAAUCUGCCCCAAACGUUGAGCAAUUUCUUCGAGGCGGAGCGCUACUCCAGCGCCUGGAAUCGCGUGACCAAAUAGGCUGCUCUUCCAGUCCCAAUCCGAGUUCCAAUCCCGAAAACCAAACGAAGGGAGGCCUAAUCGAUUAACCCAUUAAGUGGCAAGAGCUGCAGGAUAGUGAAAUUCCAUUCCGUUGCCAAAAAUUCAUGCCCCAAAAUUGCUUACCGGAUUCGGGAGUCGGAAUGGGAGGAUAGAAAUGGCUGCCCAGGGCUAAACCAACUAUGUAUAUAAGCAUCCCAUGAAUAUUUAUGUGCCACCCUCCUGUACCCUGAUAAUGCAAUAAAAGUAUUAUUUGAUAGAUAAAGCGGAAUUCUCUGAGCAAUGUCGCCCUCCCAAGGGGUUAAACUUCAUUAGGGUCCGAUAAGCAGGGGCCCAAAUGACUUUGGGACUUGUUGGCGGAUUUUCAGCUUUCUGCUACGUCAUCAGUGUGCAUAAAUCACGGCUGAACAAACGCACGAAAAUUACAGGGAGUCAAAGAAAAAUCGCACGCCUCGCCGGAAGUUCAUUAUGGUAGCUCAAAGCGGAAGUGCCAGCUACACACACACAAACACACACUCAUACUAAGAAAACUGGUGUCCGCGCGUUUUCACGCUCUCUGACCCGCGGAAAAGCGGGCACCUGCCGUGAAAGCACCUGCUAAUUUAUCAGAGAGACAGCGCCCUGUGGCACGGGCCAAAACGCUCCACCGAGAGCGGCCAGAGUUUCAAGGUGGCUGGCGAAUCGAUUAGCCAGCCAAACAGCGAAGCAGCUAAACAGCCAAAAUCAGAGCAAGCCAAACGUGCAAUGCACAUGCAAGCCAUCGCCAGCGGCAAGAGCUGAGCCACACUGCGAGAAAAUAUCACUUGGAUUAGUCACCACUGCGAUAACAGCAGCUAUUUGUUGUCAUUUAUGUGGCAGUAAACCCCAACAGAAUAGCCCUAUCAUUAGU